CCCAGCCAUUGUGACCAAAGCACCACAAGUAAGGCUACAACCAUGGCUGUUACUACUACUGCUACUACUGCUACUGCUCUCUCGAAACUCCUCCUCCUCCUCCUCCUUGUGUUCCUCCUCCUGCAAAGUGUGACAGAAGCGAGAGUGCCAUCAUCAGGGGCUUCAGGAAAACAAAGAAAAAGACAUACAGAUGACGAGCCUGACCACGCACACGUCUUGGGGAGAGGAGGGAGCGGGGCACGGGCGCCUGGAGUGCGUAUAGAAGACAGCAAUUACUGGUACCCGAAGAUGCAGCAAGAGUUAAAAGACCAACUGGCCAAGUCUCCCCUUAAAAAGCAGGCGAAGAACAUCAUUUUCUUUCUCGGUGACGGCACUUCCAUCAGCACACUGACGGCGGCGAGGCUGCACAAGGGCUACAAAACAGGCCGCUACGAACAUGAAGUGAUGGCAUACGAGAAAUUCCCUUACUCUACUCUCAUCAAGACAUACAGCGCCGACAAGAUGGUGACAGACUCCGCCGCUAGCGCCACCGCCUACCUGAAUGGCGUGAAGGGGAACCAGGCUACGAUAGGCGUGGAUGCGAGGGUUCUUCUCUAUGACUGCGACGCGAUGAACAGGCCAGAAUACCAUACCACCUCUAUACUGACAGAUUUCCAGAACGCUGGGAAGUCUACAGGCAUCGUAACUACAACCAGGGUGACCCACGCCUCUCCUGCCGGAACUUAUGCACACACAGCUGAAAGACACUGGGAGAAUGAUGAUGACAUUAACGAUGAGGAUGGUGAUUCUGAUGACUGUGACGACAUAGCAGAACAACUAGUGCUGGGAAAUACAGGCUCCAAAAUUAAGGUUAUCUUGGGCGGCGGGAGGAAAAAGUUCACUCCUAAGGGCGUGGAUGACCCAGAGGAAGGGGACGGAGGGCGCAGGGAUGACGGGAAGGAUCUCAUACAGACAUGGAUCAACCAUAAGCGAGCCCUGGGGAAUGCAUCCUACGUCUGGCACCGCUCGGAACUCAUGAGCCUGGACACUGACAACACUGACUACCUUAUGGGCCUGUUUGACUGGAGCCACAUGUCCUAUGCAGUGGAUGAAGACUCGUCCAACCCCAGCCUGGAGGAAAUGACCAGGACAGCCAUACAGAUCCUGAGUCGUGACCCUAGUGGCUUCUUCCUGUUCGUUGAAGGAGGACUGAUAGACCGCGCCCACCACCUCAACGAGUACCGCUCAGCUGUAGAGGAGGCUCUGGAGUUUGAAAAGGCGAUAGAAGCAGCGGUGUCUUUAACUGACCCAGAGGAGACACUAAUCAUAAUGACAGCUGACCACUCUCAGCCUCUUGUUAUCAAUGGAUACCAGGACAGGAGGAGUGACGUGCUGGACAUUGCAGAUUACUCAGACGUGGACGGCCUGCCUUACACGACACUUCUGUACACAAACGGGCCGGGCUACAGAGGCGAGGUAGACGGGUCGCGCCCAGACCCAAGCGAGGAGGACAUCAGCGACCCUCACUACCUCGGGGACAGCGCAGUUCCUAUGAUAUCGUCCAAUCACGGAGGAGAGGAGGUUAUACUGUAUGCGUCAGGUCCUCACGCCCAUCUCUUUACUGGUAUACAUGAAAACGCCUUUAUUCCUCACGCCUUAAGGUAUGCAGCUUGCGUUGGUAAGGGCAUUCAUUUCUGCGACACAAAGGAAGAGGAAGACGAGGAGGAGGUGGAGGUGGAGGAGGAGGAGGAGGAAGAAGAGGAAGCAUUGAUUGAAGCUGAAGAUCAAGAAGAGGAGAGUCAAGAGGAGGAGGAGGAGGGCGAAGGGAAGAUGGCGGAGGACAAGAAGAGGAGGAGGAAGAUGAGGAGGAAGAUGAGGAGGGGCGAGAGGAGGAGGAGGAGGAGGAUGGAAGAGGAGGAAGAAGAGAAAGAGGAGUAGAAACACACACACACACACACACACACACACACACACACACACACACACACACACACACACACACA